UACGAAGCAAUUGUAGAGCUUGCACGACGAUAUAAAUGCAAAGAACAUGUUAAUCAAUUGACAAUUGAAUUGACGAGUAGAAUAAAAUGAUAAUCAAAUAAAAUUGUGAACUUUACUUUAUUAAUCAGACGAUGAUACUGAUGUACUGGAUUUUCCUGGUCGGUUUGGGGCUGGUUGCCGCCUUAAAUCCCGUGCCCCAUCAAAUGAGCGAGGAGUCGCUGAGAACUGCAUUAAAUGCAGUGACAAGAAAGCAAAGAUCAUUGAAUACGAAUCCUCAAGCGUAUUACGACGACUUGCCAUUAUUCAAAUAUCAAGAAGAUAAUGGCGAGCGAAAUUUUCAACGGCAACAGGUUGGGAGCGAUGAAAUCGAUGACAACAAGGAUAGUCUGGCAUUCAUUCCAUCCGAGGGCACAGGUCAACUAGAAACCAUCGGAGAUGGUUAUCAGCACUUGAAUAAUAAGCAAUUCAAUCGCGCUCUAAUGGAUUACUUGCAGUACGUCACGGAUCAAGAGGUGCCGUCUCAGUCAGUAUUUCGCGAACGCGAGAGAAACGCUAAUUACAAAAGAGCGGCUAAUUUGAAUCAUGGCAUGCUCAAUGAGAAGGAACUUGCCAGAAUUUUGAUGGAUGGUGGAGAAAACGAUUUGGCUCAUGAUCAAGAAGAGUUGGACGAUCAAGAUUAUCAAAGAGCUCUUGAGAUGAUUUAUGAUAAAUAUAAGAUUCAACCGGAUAACGAAGCUUACGGGGGCGAUCAGCUAUUAUUGAGAGAGCUUUUUAGCGACGAAAAUCGCGAGGAGAGCCAAGAACCAAGAUUCGUGCAAAUUUCGCCAGCUGAACGACGAAAUGUUAAUGCUAGAUAUCCGCUAUUCAAUCGAGAAUAUAAGACUUAUCACGAUUCAUUUAAACGACUUCCCGUUUUCAAAAGAAGCGCAAAAGCCGUAAAUAGAAAGAGACAAGUUACCGAUCCAAAGGUGGCGGAAGAUCUAGGAUCGCUCUUUGGCACACAAUCAACAAGCGCUGUUAAUCAUACUCACGAUCAGAGCCACGAUCACAAUCACGAUCAUUCUCAUGAUCAUAACCAUGAGCAUAAUCACGAUCGUGUAAAGGGUAACGGCCACUCUGGGCAAACUCAGGGUUCCAAUGUCGAGACAUCGAAUUCCACUGCAAAGUCUAAAAAUUUGAAGGAUAAUAUGGCCAAAGUUAAUAAAACGAAGGAACGCCCCAUCGACGUUAAAAAGAAGAGUGUAGAUUGGUCGCAGUAUUUUGGAAUUGAUCGAAGGAAGAAGAAGACAGUUUACAUGGGCAGACCAGAUACGCAGGAUCAGGACGAGGAAUAUCUUUUACAAAAAUAUUACGAGACAAUGGCGGAAAAUCUUAAUCUUAUUGAUAAAGAUGGGGGCGAGAAGCGUGACAAGCUGCAGCAAAUGGACUCGAAAUUGAAGAACAUGAAGAAUCAAAUGAUCGAGGAGGCAAUGGAGGUCGGUUUGAAAAACAACGUGGAUAGUCAAGAAGUAAAGGACGAAAUUAUGUCACGACUGUCGGCCGCAUACUCCUUUGAAAAACUUCGACGGGCUCUCAAACAACUGAGUAGCAAUGCAGCUGCGCAGCGAGAAAGUCAGAGAGCUGCUCAAGCUCAAAAUAAUUUGACAUUAAAUCAUCCUAACAGUGCUAAUGUCAAUAAGAACGAAGACAAGCGCACCAGAAAUAAUGUAGACGCGAUGCAGGGUAUUGAUGACGAAAGCAGUUGCCUGCAAAUAGAUUUGAUUGAAAGGCGUUGCAAGAUGAUCGGAGCUCUUAUUGGCGAUGUUAAACAAUUGUUGCUCGUUCCUUGCGUCCUAUAUAAUAUUUGUAAUUCUUGUGAUCAAGACGAUUGCCUCGAGAGGUUCGCAUUCGAGACUGAAAAAAUAUGCCAAGAAAAGUAUUCGGCCGACUCCUCGUGGUUAAAGUAUUGUCUUAAGGGUGCUAUGCUAAUCCCUUAUCAUUCGCCAACCCUUUCAAAGUCUUCUGUUUGUCGCCUGGACGAGAGUGACUUAUGCCUCACGCACCAGAAUCGCUAUCGUCAUCGCUACCUUUACGAUAAUUCUUAUCGUAAUCAUCUCAUCCCUUCGAAGCGAUAAGACUUUUUACGUUGAAUCAUGGCCUUGCGACGAUGACUCAUAUCACAAUCUUCCGUCGUACGUUAAGAUUGUACAUUAAGAUUCUCGAGUUGUUCUUCAAGUCGAACAAUAUUCAUUUUGCCAUAAGCACAAUGAAGCCCGAUUUUCUUAAUGCACAAUGCUUCACGAACAUGUGUCUAUGUUUAAUACGACUUGUUCUUUACAUUUCAAAGCUCAAACGAUAAUUUUAAGAAAGUAUAUUAUAAUCGUAUAUUAAAUGUACCAUAUAACGUUAAAGAUUAUAUAAGAUAAUG